GUAGGUAAUAACAAUAAUUAAAAUAUUUUCGAUGUUCAAAUUUGCUCAAUACUUGAUGUUUGACGUUUUAAAUAAUAAAUAUGGCGUCAGUAUUAAAAGAUACAGGGGAAAUUUGGACAAGAUUAUUUAAUCACAGACCAUUUAUUCGGGGUGAAGUAAUUUUUCUUUUACGUGAAUUUCAGGACACGAGAGAUGACAGAGAUGUUUUACAACUUUUAAAAAUCCUAAAAUAUUCAACAGACCUUGGACAAAAUCAAUUGAAUCAAAUUGAACAGCUUCGUGAUUAUCAAUUAUCAAGUUUGAAGGCUAAUAUUGAUGUUGCUUUUAGUAUGUGCAGUUGUGUACUUGAAAAAGACAAACUUGGGAUUAGUAAUAAGUUACAACAAAAUCGACAAAUACGCAAAGACGCAUGGGAAAAGUUUAUAAAUGAUAUAAACAAGAAAUUUAUAAUAGCUGAUCGGGGAUUACAAAAUAAAACAAAAGACUUGAAGAAAUUUUAUUUUAACUUACAAAAAAAACUA